UUGUCCGCGCAUUUUCGGCCGCGCCCAUUAGUCCUGCUCCGAUUUUAAAACGCCUAAUUUCAAAAUACCCACUCUCCAAAAUGUCAAUUUUUUCACGUUUUAGAUUCUCACAAACGACUACUCAGAGCUCUCAUUCAAAAAAGUACACGCCUCUCCCCAUUCAUCAGACAAACUUUAUUCAAAAUUGGGCACAGAAAAUUCCAAAUGUAGUUCUGAUACAUUGAGAACAAUAAUGCAUGAAAAUAUUGUAGUUAGUCCAACAAUAUCUAAACAGUUGAUAUUCAGUGCUGGACGAUUGACUUUUGGGGCAUCGAUAGAUGUUAUUUGUAGUAGAAAUAGGUUUUCAUAUACUGUGGUGGGUUUUUUUGAAAAUCUAUUUUUCUUAAAAUUUCAAAAUGCCAAACUUUAA